AUGUCACCGCUAAAAUAUGGUUUUGCUAUUGAUCGUGGUGGUACUUUCACCGAUGUUUAUGUCCAUCGUUCAGAUGGUACUUCGCGUAUUAUGAAACUACUUUCCGAAGAUCGGAAUAAUUAUCAGGAUGCGCCAACUGAAGCUAUUCGACGAGUACUUGAGGAGGAAACCGGCGUGAUACUACCUCGUGAAACACCAAUUCCUACAGAUCGAAUUUCUUGGGUUAGAAUGGGUACCACAGUUGCAACCAAUGCUCUUCUCGAAAGGAAUGGUGCAAGAAUUGCAUUACUUAUCACCAAAGGUUUCAAAGAUUUACUUUUUAUUGGCAAUCAAUCGCGGCCACAGAUAUUCGAAUUCGAUAUUCGUUUACCCGAAUUACUUUAUGAAGAAGUAAUCGAAAUUGAUGAACGACUUAUUCUUGUCAACAAACAUUGUCAGAGUGAUUUUGAAGCUUUUCGAGUUAUGGCAUCAAAUGGCGAAGAAAUUAUUAUUGAAAAGAAACCUGAUGAAAAAAUUAUCACUGACCAAUUAGAAAAAAUAUAUCGAAGAGGUAUUAAAUCAGUCGCUGUCGUUCUUCUUCAUUCGUACAUAUAUCCGAAUCAUGAAAAAUUAAUCGCAGAAAUUGCAAGGAAUAUUGGAUUCGAAAAUAUAUCGCUUUCGAGUGAAGUAAUGCCAAUGUUAAAGAUUGUUCCGCGAGGAUUUACAACGUGUGUGGAUGCUUAUUUGACCCCUGUCAUUCAUGCAUAUAUCACUAGUUUUAAAGCAGGCUUCGUUAAUAAUUUAGAAGGAAUAUCUGUUCAGUUCAUGCAAAGUGAUGGUGGAUUAUCUGCUGUUGAAAACUUUUGUGGAUCACGAGCGAUACUUUCUGGUCCUGCAGGAGGUAUAGUUGGAAUGGCCCUCACAGCUUAUGAUAAUGUAUUAAAGAAACCAGUUAUUGGUUUUGAUAUGGGAGGUACUUCCACCGAUUUAGAUAUACAUACAGUUGCUGCUGGUGGGGGGUCGCGUUUAUACUUUCGUGAUGGUUUAUUAGUUGUUGGUCCUGAUUCAGCAGGUGCUAAUCCGGGACCUGUUUGUUAUCGAAAAGGUGGAUCAUUAUCAAUUACUGAUGCAAAUGUCAUUCUUGGGCGAAUUCUACCUGAAUAUUUUCCAUGCAUUUUUGGUUCUAAUGAAAAUCAAUCACUUGAUCGUGAAGCAGCGUUUGAAGCUAUGAUGCAAAUUUUGAAGGAAGUUAAUGAUUUUUACGACAAUGCUUCAGAAACGAAGCACCAAUCAAUGACAGUUGAAGAUUUAGCUCUUGGUUUCAUUGACGUAGCGAAUGAGACAAUGUGCAGAGCAAUUAAAUCAGUCACGCAGGCUAAAGGUUACGAUACAUCUCAGCAUGUUCUUGCAUGUUUUGGUGGUGCUGGUGGGCAGCAUGCUUGUUCGAUAGCAAAGGCUCUCGGUAUAAAGACUAUUUUUAUACAUCGUUUUUCUGGAAUUCUGUCUGCUUAUGGUCUAGCAUUGGCAGAUACUGUUUAUGAGGCUCAAGAACCUCUUGGAAUACAGCUUACACAAGAAAAUUUCGAUUCAUACGUUAAAGAACGAUUAACUUUGUUAAAAAAUAAGACAGCAAAUGAAUUAGCAAAAUUGGGAUUUAUCGCUAAGCACACUCGCUUCGAAUAUUUUUUACAUUUGCGAUAUGCCAAAACUGAUUGUUCUCUAAUUUGUCCCUCUAUUACAAAUGGCAUUGGAUUAUUACAAGAUUAUAUCGAUGCUUUCAAUAACGCAUAUAAUUUAGAAUUCGGAUUUGUUAUUCCUGGUCGUGAGAUAAUAGUUGAUGACGUUCGAGUUCGCGCUAUUGGAUCAAAUUCCAUAAUUGAAAAUAUAAAUGUAUCUAGCGAGUGUAACAAAAAAUUACCAGUGAAAACUACAUGUCAGAUCAGAUUCAAAGAGAAAAAGAUGAAUACAGCGGUUUAUGAUAUGCGAGAUCUAUUUUUUGGUCAUUCAGUAACUGGACCAGCUAUCAUUAUCGAUGCAGCAACCACAAUUGUGGUGGAACCAGAAUGUCGGGCUGUAAUCACAAAGAGAGGUGAUAUUGAAAUCUUCGUUGGCGAUCAGACACGUUUGCCGAUUGCGAUCAUAGCUUUUUUAGGAAGAAAUAUGGAUCCUAUCCAAUUGUCCAUUUUCAAUCAUCGAUUCAUGUCUAUUGCGGAACAAAUGGGUCAUAUUCUGCGACGGACAUCUAUUUCAACCAACAUCAAAGAACGUCUCGAUUUUUCUUGUGCAUUAUUUGGCCCUACUGGUGAUUUAGUAGCCAAUGCUCCACAUAUUCCGGUCCAUCUUGGUGGUAUGGAAGCGGCAGUUCGUUAUCAAAUCGAUCAUCUUGGUUAUGAAGGAUUUUCUGAUGGUGAUGUUAUAUUAAGCAAUCAUCCAUGUGCUGGCGGUUCCCAUCUUCCAGAUUUAACCGUAAUUACACCGGUUUACUACAAAAAUUUUAAAACUCCAGUUUUCUUUGUUGCUAACAGAGGUCAUCAUGCAGACAUUGGUGGUUUAGAACCUGGCUCAAUGCCUCCACAUUCUACUUGUCUUCAACAGGAAGGUGCGAUUUUUGUGAGUUUUAAAGUGGUUGAAAAUGGCAUUUUCCAAGAAAAUGCGUUGGUUGAAAAGCUUACUGCUCCUCGAAAUUUUCCUGGAUGCACCGGUGCGCGAAACGUUAGCGAUAAUUUGUCUGAUCUUAAGGCUCAAAUAGCCGCCAACCAAAAAGGAAUAAAUCUUGUUUGUGAAUUAAUUGAUCAUUAUGGUUUGGAUGUCGUGCAUGCAUAUAUGGAUCAUGUACAAAGUAAUGCAGAGGCUGCUGUUCGCAAGCUUUUAAUGGAGGUCGCUAAAAAAAUAAAAAAGGAAGAAAUAGCUCAUUUACAAGCUAUCGAUUUCAUGGACGAUGGGACACCAAUUGCUCUUUCUAUUAAAAUAGACUGUGGCACCGGUGAUGCGAUAUUUGAUUUCGAUGGUACAGGUCCUGAGGUUUAUUCAAAUUGGAAUACACCAAUUUCUGUUACUAUGGCAUCAAUUAUUUAUUGUCUAAGAUGCUUAGUUGAUAGUGAAAUUCCUCUAAAUCACGGAUGCCUUUCACCAAUACAGGUUAAGAUUCCUAAUGGUACAAUAUUAUGUCCAGACAAAUCAGCUGCAGUUGUUGGUGGGAAUGUACUUACAUCACAACGAAUUUGCGAUGUGAUUUUUCUAGCUUUCAAUGCUGUUGCGGCAUCACAAGGUUGUAUGAACAAUAUAACAUUUGGUAAUGAUAUUAUUGGAGGAUAUUAUGAAACUGUAGCUGGUGGAGCUGGCGCUGGUCCGUCAUUUAAUGGUCGAUCAGCAGUACAUACACAUAUGACAAAUACAAGAAUAACCGACCCUGAAUUGUUUGAAUUGAGAUAUCCAGUUAUUCUACGCGAAUUUUCAAUCCGUCAGAAUUCAGGCGGUAAAGGUAGAUAUAAGGGAGGUGAUGGUUGUAAGCGUUUUAUUCAAUUUCGGUGCUCGUUACGCCUUUCUAUCCUAACUGAACGACGUGUCUUUGCACCUUAUGGUUUAAAUGGUGGAUGCCCUGGUCAACGGGGCCUCAAUUUAUUACGGCUAAAAAAUGGCAGAUUGAUCAAUUUAGGUGGUAAAAAUAGUAUCGAUGUUCAUUCUGGUGAUAUAUUUGAAUUGCAUACUCCCGGCGGUGGAGGAUACGGAAAAUUUCAAUGA